ACCUGAAGGUGUGAAGAAAGGGACCACAGGUGUUAGAAAGAGGCAAGGCAAAACAGGGAAGGCAAGUGGAACACUGAAUUGUUGCAGGAAAGGAAGAGGAGAGACGUUGGGCAGUUGGCCUUCAAUGGCAGACUGAGAAAGUUAGACUUUAUCCUGCAGACUGAGACUUCGCAGACUUCUAAAUAAGCUUUUAGGCUGCUUGUGGAAGCCAGACCAAAUAGCAGCAAGAUGGAUAUGGAAAAAGAUAGAUCCCGUUUGAAGCCCCAUCGGACACCUGAUCCUCAACAGGGCGAGACCCACGCUCCAGGAGCCAUUGGAACUUGGAGUUUGCGAAACAGAGACCAACUCAGAAAAAGAAAAGCAGAAGCACAAGAAAAGCAAACUUCGCAAUGGCAAUUUGGGGAACAGAAAAAACACAAGCGACAGAGAACAGGAAAAGGAAAUCAAAGAGGCAGAAAGAGACAACAAAAUACAGAACUGAAGGUGGAGCCUCAGUCACAAACAGAAAAGGAAGUGAUGGAGAAAGCACUGGCACCUACAGAAAAAGAGAAUGAGCCACCCGGGGGUGUAACUGAAGCCCUUCCUUCGGCAGCCUCUCCCACAAAUGCUGCGCCUGAGGAACUUAUUUCUGAAGUACAUGAAGAAAGCAUUAUUUACCAGAAAAAAUCUUCUGAGAACCAAGAAAGAGCAGUACCAAACCAUUCUUAUGAAAUAUGCAAAUCUAUGGCUGAACUUGAAGACUUUUCUCCAAAAAUAUGCCAAGAAAUAGCUGUGCUUCGAGACUAUUCUUCUAAAGUAUGCCAAGCUAUGGCCAAACCAGAAGACCUCUCUCCAAAAACAUGCCAAGAAAUAGCCGCACUUCAAGGCCAUUCUCCUAAAGUAUGCCAAGCUAUGGAUGACCCUGAAGACCUCACUCCAAAAAUAUGUCAAGAAGUAGCUGUACUUCAAGAUCGUCCUUUCAGAAUGUGCCAAGCUAUGGCUGAACCUGAAGGCCUUGCUCCUAAAAUAUGCCAAGAAGUAGCUGUAUUUCAAGACCAUCCUUUCAAAAUGUGCCAAGCUGUGGCUCACCCUGAAGAUCUCAGUCCUAAAAUGUGUCAAGGAAAGGCUGUACCCAGAGCCCUUCCUUCUACAUCAUCUGAAGAUGUAACAGACCCAGAAGGAAGGUCUCCUGAAUCAGGCCCCCAACCAGAUGUGCCUAAGGGCUAUGAUAUUGACACUUACCAAAACCCAGCUGAACCAGAGCAAUACAAUUCUGAACCAGACCAGAGAAUAGAUGAGAAUGAAAACUUAUUUCCUAAAACACAAGAAGAAAUAGCUGUACCUACUGACCUUUCUGUAAAAACAUGCCAAGAAACAGUUGAUUCUGAAUACUUUCCUCAUAAAAUAUAUAAAGAAAUGAUUGUGCCUAAAGUCCCCUCUGAUAAAACAAUCCAAGAAACACCUGCGCCUGAAGAAUAUUCACCUGAAACAUACCAAGAAACUUCUAGGCCAGAAGCCUGUUCACCUGAAAUAUACCAAGGAACACCUCAGCCUGAAGAAUGUACAACUAAAAUGUACCAAGAAACACCUCAGCCUGAAGAAUGUUCACAUGAAAUACACCAAGAAACACCUCAGCCUGAAGAAUGUUCACAUGAAAUACACCAAGAAACACCUCAGCCUGAAGAAUGUUCACAUGAAAUACACCAAGAAACACCUCAGCCUGAAGAAUGUUCACAUGAAAUACACCAAGAAACACCUGGGCCUGAAGACCUCUCUACUAAGACACAUAAAGAUAAGGAAGUUGCUAAAGAAUCCUUUCUGGACCCAUACCAAGAAACAGGUGGACCCCAAGACCAGCCUUCUACAGCACAUCAGGAGGAUGCUCAUAGCUUUCCUCAAGAAACAAAAGAAAAACUCAAAGCAGAAGAGCCGGAAAUACCAACAAUUCGGAACAUUUCUCAGGAGAUGCGUCCAGAAAACGAUGUCUUUAGUUAUGUUUUGUUCUGACAAUACUCAGCCAUAAAGUUGGAAUCUGAUGAAAUGUGUAUCUUAAUAUUUUAUGUGUAUUUUUUCUGAAAUAUUGGAGAACGCUCAACAAUGUUCAUUAAUAUUUUAACUUUGUCUUUUUUCCACUUAUAUGCAAUGUCUGAAAUAGAGAACUAACAUUUUUUAGGUUCUACUCACAGACAAUAUCCUGUUACUGUGUGUGUGUGUGUGUGUGUGUGUGUGUGUGUGUGUGUGUGUAGGGGAGAAGACUGGUGGAAAAACAUAAGUAAGGAAAGGGGAGGGUUGAAUUACUGAUUUUUUUCUGAUUUGAUUAAUUCUUAAGAGUGGAUAAGUGAUUAAGUAUGAACACUUAAAGUUUAGGGGGAGUCUAUAGUUUUCUUGUAAACUUUGCUCAAUUAUUAAUGUAACAAUAACAUCAUGAUUCUAUUUAGGCUUUUGUUGUCUUCUAGUUAAUUUUAACAAUUCUUAUUCUGGAACUCCUUAAAAAGUAAUUUGGAGUGAUGAAUGUAGUUUACUUUUGAAUUUGAAUCUUGAUUUUCUACUUGUACUUUUAAAAUAUUGUAUUUGUUCAGAAUAUAUAUUAAAUCGUUAUUACAUAUUUAA